GGCGUCUGGCCGGCACCUUUCCGCCGUGCCGUCUCCGUCCUUCUCCCUAAACCGAACAAGACUGAUUACACACUUUUGAAAUCUUACAGGCCCAUCGUUCUCCUCUCCACUAUUGCCAAGUGGAUGGAGAAAGUGGUAAACAAUCGUUUCACUUUUGAUGCUCACUCACACGGCAUACUCCACCCCCUCCAG